AUGGUGCAGCAGGUAGACAGCCUGGAGCUGGACGGCGGCCACCCCACCGAGGAGGAGGGCGAGUUCAUGGCCGGCAGCCCGGCGCCUCUGGACGAGAGCGACCCGGACUGGUGCAAGACCGCCAGCGGCCACAUCAAGCGCCCCAUGAACGCCUUCAUGGUCUGGUCCAAGAUCGAGCGGCGGAAGAUCAUGGAGCAGAGCCCGGACAUGCACAACGCCGAGAUCUCCAAGCGGCUGGGCAAGCGGUGGAAGAUGCUGAACGACAGCGAGAAGAUCCCGUUCAUCCGGGAAGCCGAGCGCCUCCGGCUCAAACACAUGGCCGACUACCCCGACUACAAGUACCGGCCAAGGAAAAAACCCAAGCUGGAGGCCAACGGCAGCAAACAGGCGGCGGGCGGCCAAUCCCCGGAGAAGAGCCCCGCGGGGGCGGUCAAGAGCGGCAAGACCCCGGCCAAGAAGUGCCCCAAGCUGAAGCCGGCCGGCAAAACCGGGGCCAAGUCCCCGCAAGGCUACUCCGGCAUGGAGGACUGCCUGCUGGGGAGCCUCAAGGUGACCAAGACGGUAAAAUGCGUCUUCAUGGACGAGGAGGAGGAUGAGGAUGACGAGGAGGACGACGAGCUGCAGAUCAGGAUCAAGCAGGAGGACGACGAGGAGCAGCUCCCCCAGUACAAUGUGGCCAAAGUGCCGGCCAGUCCCACCUUGAGCUCCUCGGCGGAGUCUACAGAAGGGGCCAGCAUGUACGAGGAGGUGAGCAAUGGUGGAGGUGGUGGGACCAACACCAGCAUCAGCACCAACAGCAGACUCUACUACAACUUCAAGAACAUCACCAAACCCAGCACAGCACAACCCACCAUCACCCUGGCCCCAUCCCGCUCCUCCAUCUCCUCCUCUUCUACCUCAUCCUCGUCCACCGACAAAGAUGAUCUCCUCUUUGAUCUCAGCUUGAACUUCACACACAACCCUCAGGCAGCACCCGAGCUGGGCAACUCCAACUCAGGAAGCCUUUCCCUCUCCUUGGUGGACAAGGACUUGGACUCGUGCAGUGAGGGGAGCCUGGGCUCCCACUUCGACUUCCCAGAUUACUGUACCCCAGAGCUCAGCGAAAUGAUUGCAGGGGACUGGCUAGAAGCCAACUUUUCAGACUUGGUCUUCACCUACUAA